AUACAAAUAUUCUAUGGUAAAGGGUAGUUGAAAGGUUAUACCGCUGUACACUGACGGCUGGCUAUUGUGAACAUCCGCCCAAAAGGGCUGUAUAUUUAGGUACUUUGCCCGUGAGACUGUUCGCGUUCGCCUUUCGAGUAAUGCAGUGAUACGCUCGGCACCUUGAAUUUUGGUCGCAUGACACACAGGCUGUAUAUAUGAGGAGGGAGGAAGUGGACAGUUCCCCCCAAAAUGAGGCGACUGAACAGAAAGAAGGCUUUCAGUCUGGUGAAGGAGCUGGAUGCCUUCCCCAAGAUCCCAGAGAGCUACGUGGAAACCACAGCCAGUGGGGGGACAGUGUCUCUAAUCGCCUUCACAACCAUGGCCCUCCUGGCCUUUUUUGAGUUCUUUGUGUAUCGGGACACCUGGAUGAAGUAUGACUACGAGGUGGACAAGGACUUCUCUAGCAAAUUAAGAAUAAAUAUUGAUAUUACAGUUGCUAUGCGAUGUCAGCACGUUGGGGCAGAUGUGCUGGACUUAGCAGAGACCAUGGUGGCAUCAGAUGGCCUUCAGUAUGAGCCGGUUAUUUUCGAGCUCUCGCCUCAGCAGAGACUCUGGCACAGGACUCUGCUGCUGAUACAGAGCAGACUGAGGGAGGAGCACUCGCUUCAGGAUGUCCUGUUCAAGAGCGUCUUGAAGGGAUCCCCUACUGCCCUGCCACCUCGGGAGGACAGCCCCAAUCAGCCGUUCAAUGCGUGCAGGAUACACGGGCAUGUCUACGUCAACAAAGUGGCGGGAAACUUCCACAUCACCGUGGGGAAGGCCAUCCCACACCCCCGCGGACACGCUCAUCUAGCAGCUCUGGUUAGUCAUGAAACAUACAACUUCUCCCACCGAAUAGAUCACUUGUCUUUUGGAGAAGAAAUCCCAGGCAUCAUAAAUCCGCUGGAUGGCACAGAAAAAGUUUGCUCUGAUCACAACCAGAUGUUCCAGUACUUCAUCACGAUAGUGCCCACCAAGCUCUACACCUACAAGAUCACUGCAGACACGCACCAGUACUCCGUCACAGAGCGGGAGCGCGUGAUCAACCACGCAGCCGGCAGUCACGGCGUCUCCGGGAUCUUCAUGAAGUACGACCUGAGCUCGCUGAUGGUGACGGUGACAGAGCAGCACAUGCCUUUCUGGCAGUUCCUGGUGCGACUGUGUGGCAUAGUGGGAGGCAUCUUCUCCACCACAGGAAUGCUCCACGGCCUUGUGGGCUUCACCGUCGACGUGGUUUGCUGCCGCUUGAAGCUGGGAGUUUACAGGUCUAAGCAGAUCCACCUCCUGGAUGGCCAGCUGAAUAACCAUGAACCCUUGCUGACAGAGAACCACACUCACUAGCAGGACAGUGCCGUCCCCUUCGGCCCGUUUCCCUGAGAGAGGCGCCCCCUGCAGGCCAUGCCGCCAGGCAGCAGCACAUCAUGCCCCGGAAGUGCUUUUUAAUCCUACUGGCAGUUGUUUUGUACGCUUUCCUAUAAACUGUUUGGGGACAGAUAGCUGGGGUAGGUCCUGCUCACAAGGCGUCCAUCGACCCACUCGUCUGACAUGAGUUUUUUUUCCGUUUUUUUUUUUUUUUAGUGAACACGUUUACAAAUGUUAUCCUUAUAACAGUCGCUGUUAAACUUGGUGUAUGAGCCAAUUUUUUUUGGUAUUUCUAUUGGCUAAAUUCUAAACAAGAACAUUUAAUCGCGAUGGAUUUCCCAGACCAGUCCUCUCUGUAACCAGUGGUACUUAAACUCUGGAUUCUUAGUUGCCGUUUCAAUUACAGCUACUGCAGUAUACAUUUUUUAUUUUUUUUUUUAAACCCUUGUCUCCCCCUUUUUUUUCCCUGAUUGGUGGGUGAUUUACAGUGUGUGUAUUAUGAGAGCUGGGAUUGUGUGUGUGUGUGUCAGGAUUUAAUUUAAAAUAAAUGUGCAGUAAACCUGCAACGAAGAGCAUUUCCUAUUCACAUGAUGUAAUCAUGGUUUUCACACUGUUCUAAACCUCUGCUUGGUUUGAGUUGGUCUCAUGGUAUUUUGUUGUCUCUCUACGUGCUUUUUAAUGCCACAUUUUCAGUCGCCUGUCAGUCGGCCUGUUCGGAUUGACUUCUUUGGAGGUGCCUGUCUGGAAUACAUGCGAAUCUGUUUCCUAAAACUGCUGAACAAAGGUCUGGUUCCAGUGGCCUGUUUAGCUCUGAAUCUCUCACUGUCACUGGCCGCGUACGUGUUCGUUCCCAAACCGUCUCCUUGGUUUAUCGUUAAUCACGUUUUUAUAAGUAUCCAGUGUGGCUUUUUAACUGGAUGUCAGGAACGACUGUGAAGUUUGGGGGGGGGGGAUUACCCCAGUUGUGUUUCUGCACCCAGAGGUGAACUUGACAUUUAUAUGGUCCUCAUGUUGAAAUGUGGCUGUACUUUUUAUUGUUUUAACAUUGUAAUUAUUUUCAUUGCCUGUUUGAAGUGACCAAAAUCAAUUGGAAGUGGAAUACUGCUCUGAAAAGGCUUCCGGAUCGGCUGUGGUUCACGUCUCCAAAUUAAACAGAAAGUUGUUCCUACUAGAAUUCAAAUGUUCUCGAUAUCCCCCCCCACCUCCCACCCCCCACAAGAAUAUAUAUAUUUUUUAACUGGAACUAUUUACAGACACCUCAUUAGCAGUUCAGCCAACUGGGUGCCACAUUCGCUUUUGGAGAUCACCUUCAUGUAAAUGUGUGAAAUGCUCUUGAUGCAUUAACGUCUGAAAAUGUGGUUCCUGGUGAAGCGGCCGGGCUGCACAUAGUGAAGCCUGUGGCCAUCUGAUGUUUUUGUGCGUCAAGAUUAUUGAAGUUUUCAGCCCCCGUUGACAUGGAAAAUGCACUGCCUUUUUAUUUACUGUGCAUGUGUGGGGGCUAUGCCCCCCCCAUUAAAAGUCACUUUUGAAUUUGUA